AUGCAGCACGAGCCAAUGAAUCUCCCCUUUGAGCUAGCCGGGCGAGUCUUCCGGCCCCUGAGCUGUGCCCAACAACUGGGCCCCGCCAGAUCUGUCACCAAGACAGCUGCGUGUGCCCGCAUGGCGGCCAACAGCGACGAGGCACAUUCUGGGGAAGGGAAUGGAGACCGUCAAUUCACAUUCCGGUAUCCCUCCACCGGGUCGACAAUCAGCAAUUCCAUCGAGGCUGAUCCUGUACUCUCGGGGAUGAACGAGGCUGAUGAGACCCAUGUAGCUUACCCGUUCCCGAAUGACCUCCCGGAGUGCGAACGACUCCAGCUCCAGUAUGACAUUGUAGACGCAUCUUUCAACGGGAAUCUCUUCUUCGCGCCGCUCGACAAACCUCGGCACAUCCUCGACGUGGCCACUGGCACCGGGGAUUGGGCCGUCCAGAUGGGCGACCUGUUUCCCCAAGCCAACGUCGUGGCCACUGAUCUCUCGCCCAUUCAACCCGUAGAGGUGCCGCCCAAUGUGGAAUUCUACGUCGAGGACAGCUCGGAGGAAUGGGAGUACUCGCACCAAUUUGAUUUCAUCCACACAAGAUUGACAGGAGGCUCCUGGUCGAGUUACGAACGACAGGUUCUACGACAGGCCUUUGAGAAUCUGAAUCCCGGCGGGUGGAUGGAAAGCCAAGAGGGCGACGCCUCCUUCUCGUGUGACGACGGCUCGCUGAAGCCGGGCCAUGCCCUCUACCGCUGGGGCGAGGACCUGGCCCUCUCCUCGCGCAUCAUCGAUCGGCCCAUGGUCUUUGUGAGCGGCAUCAAGGACAUAUACGCUUCGGUGGGCUUUGUGGACAUUCACGAGAAAAUAUUCAAGAUACCGUGUGGCGCAUGGCCCAAGGAUGAAAGGCUCAAGGAGUUGGGCAGGGGGUGGCAGCUCAACGUGCAGAGUGGUCUCAGCGGGUUCACGUUUGCCAACUUUCACCGAGCAUUCGGCGUAAAGGAGGAUGCAAUCGAGGUGUAUCUCGUGGAUGUGAGGAAGGAUAUCGCCAACAGUAAAAUACACGCGUAUACGGCGGUGCAUGUAGUUUGGGGGAGGAAACCGUUUCCGGGCGAGGUUGGUGAAUCAUGA